CAGAUGAAAAUGGCCGCUUGCAGAUUCUUCAAAUUCAUACAAACAAGAUGAAAGAGAAUUCUUUUCUUGCUCCUGAUGUUAACCUUCAAGAACUUGCUGCUCGUACAAAAAACUAUAGUGGAGCGGAACUUGAAGGUGUUGUGAAAAGUGCAGUAUCAUUUGCUUUGAAUAGACAGCUAAGUAUGGAUGAUCUUACAAAACCAGUGGAUGAAGAGAGCAUUAAGGUUACAAUGGAUGAUUUUCUCAAUGCACUCCAUGAGGUUACUCCUGCAUUUGGAGCUUCCACUGAUGACCUUGAGCGGUGCAGACUUAAUGGCAUGAUGGACUGUGGUAAUCGUCAUAAACACAUUUAUCAAAGAGCCAUGUUGCUAGUGGAACAAGUUAAAGUGAGUGAGGGAAGUCCUCUUGUCACUUGCCUACUAGAAGGACCGAGUGGCAGUGGUAAAACUGCACUGGCAGCUACUGUUGGCAUUGACAGUGAUUUCCCAUAUGUCAAGAUAGUCUCAGCAGAAUCAAUGAUUGGUCUUCAUGAGAGCACAAAAUGUGCACAAAUUAUCAAGGUGUUUGAAGAUGCAUACAAGUCUCCUUUGAGUAUCAUUAUCCUUGAUGACAUUGAAAGGCUAUUGGAGUAUGUUGCAAUUGGACCCCGUUUUUCAAAUAUAAUUUCUCAGACAUUGCUGGUCCUCCUCAAACGUCUUCCUCCUAAGGGGAAGAAACUUCUUGUGUUAGGAACAACCAGUGAAAUGAGUUUCUUAGAAUCAGUUGGCAUUUGUGAUGCUUUCUCUGUCCCCUAUCAGGUUCCUAAAUUGAAGACAGAUGACGUAAAGAAGGUGUUAGAACAAUUGAAUGUGUUUGCUGGGGAAGAUAUAGAUGCAGCUGCUGAGGCCCUGAACGAUAUGCCUAUCAAGAAGGUUUAUAUGUUGAUUGAGAUGGCAGCUCAAGGAGAGCAAGGUGGAGCUGCUGAGGCGAUCUAUUCUGGUAAAGAAAAGAUUAAGAUAGCCCACUUUUAUGAUUGUCUUCAAGACGUGGUGAACACAAUAGAAUGUCCGAUCCCAAUCAUUAGGGUUGAUUUUGAAAAGGAAUAACUCUUUCCACAACCACAAUUUUCUUAUUGUGUUUGUCAUGGUACUAAUAAAUAUUAGUGGCGAAAUUUUACGUCCUCUUGUGUAGCUAAACAAUAUAUGUCCGGUAUCACUACGGUGGAUUCAUUUCCCGUUCGUCCAUCGUACAUGAGCGGCUGGUGUUGCCAUAUUAAUACGAUUACGAUCGCUUUAAUUUCCUU